AUGCAAAUAUUCAUAAAAACAUUGACUGGGAAGACAAUCGUUGUUCUUGUUAACUCUUCAGAUACAAUAAAUACCGUCAAAGCUAAGAUCCAAGACAAGGAAGGAAUUCCUUCAGACCAGCAACGCCUCAUUUUCUCUGGAAAACAAUUAGAAGACGAAAGAACUCUUGGAGACUAUAACAUCGAAAAAGAUUCAACUCUUCACUUGGUUCUUAGUCUCAGAGGUGGAGUCGGUGACUAUGAUAUUUUUGUUAAGACAAUUGCUGGAAAAACGAUUACUAUUAAUGUCAAACCUACAGAUACCAUUAACGACGUCAAGGUCAAGAUUCAGCAUAAAGAUGGAAUCCCUGCGAGUAAGCAAAGACUCAUUUACUCAGGGAAACAAUUAGAAGACGAAAAAACAAUUGUUCAAUACAACAUAAAAAAGGAUUCAACUCUUCAUUUGGUGAUGAGAUUGUUGGGAGGUCUUUAA